GCCAGGGCAGCAAGAAGGCGUCUAACGAGGCCAGCAGAGCAAGACAAACCCUGCACAAGAAGUCCAAGAGGAAAGACAGACCAUUAAAUCACACCUGCCACAGAUAAAGAGCACCCCUCCGCCAAGUGGGACCUCCAGAAGGAUGGCCAAAGCCCAGACGCAGGCAGCCCCCAUGCCGACCCUCCCGACGGCCGCUGCAGAGGACCUGCCCCUCCCGCCCCCCCCAGCCCUGGACGAUCUGCCGCUGCCACCGCCCAAGGAGUCCUUCUCCAAGUUCCACCAGCAGAGACAAGCCAGCGAGCUCCGCCGCCUCUACAGGCACAUCCACCCUGAGCUCCGCAAGAAUCUGGCCGAGGCCGUGGCUGAAGACCUGGCUGACGUCCUGGAUUCCGAGGAGCCCACUGAGGGUGACGUCCAGUGUAUGCGCUGGAUCUUUGAGAACUGGCGGCUCGAUGCCAUUGGGGACCGUGAGAGGCCGCCUGCCAGGGAGCCCGUGCCCGGUGGCAAUGUCCAGGCCACCUCCCGCAAGUUUGAGGAAGGCUCCUUUGCCAACAGCACAGAGCAGGAGCCAGCCGGACCUCCGCCAUCCGGAGGCGACGUUCGUGCAGCCCGCCAGCUGUUUGAGACAAAGCCGCUGGAUGAGCUGACUGGCCAGGCCGAGGCGCUGGAGGCGGCGGUGAAGGAGCCCGAAGCCAGCGGCGAUGUCCAGGGUACCAGGAUGCUCUUUGAGACGCGGCCGCUGGACCGCCUGGGCUCCCGCCCCUCCAUCCAGGAGCAGAGCCCCUUGGAGCUGCGCUCGGAGAUCCAGGAGCUGAAGGGCGAUGUGAAGAAGACAGUGAAGCUGUUCCAAACAGAGCCACUGUGUGCCAUCCAGGAUGCAGAGGGUGCCAUCCACGAGGUCAAGGCUGCAUGCCGGGAAGAAAUCCAAAGCAAUGCAGUGAGGUCUGCCCGCUGGCUAUUUGAGACCCAACCUCUGGAUGCUAUCAACAGGGACCCCAGCCAGGUGCGGGUGAUCCGGGGGAUCUCCCUGGAGGAGGGGGCCCGGCCCGAUGUCAGUGCAACUCGCUGGAUCUUUGAGACUCAGCCGUUGGACGCCAUUCGGGAGAUCUUGGUGGAUGAGAAAGACUUCCAGCCAUCCCCAGACCUUAUCCCUCCUGGUCCAGAUGUUCAACAGCAGCGGCAUUUGUUUGAGACCCGAGCCCUAGAUACUCUCAAGGGGGAAGAGGAGUCUGAAGCACAGCACCCACCCAAAGAGGAAGUAGUCCCUGGUGAUGUCCGUUCUACCCUGUGGUUAUUUGAGACGAAGCCCCUGGACACACCUAGAGACAAGGUCCAAGUGGGUCACCUGCAGCGAGUGGGUCCCCGGGACCAUGAGGGGCUCAUAUCUGAGCAUCUAUCCAGAGAUGGCUCCUCAGCAGCAUCCCACUCUCAGAGUGCCGCCCAGAGGGAUGGGGUGAAGGGGGACGUGAAGGCCUUCAAGAACCUUUUCGAGACCCUUCCCCUUGACAGCAUCGGGCAGGGUGAGCCUUCAGCCCAUAGGAGUAUGAACAGAGCAGAAGGAACUGAUUCUACUGGGCAGUCCCAGGACGUAGGGUCCCCAGUAUAUGCCAUGCAGGAUGGCAAAGGCCACCUCCAUGCCCUGACCUCUGUCAGCAGAGAGCAGAUAGUUGGAGGCGAUGUGCAGGGCUACAGAUGGAUGUUUGAGACACAGCCUCUGGACCAACUGGGCCGAAGCCCCAGUACCGUGGAUGUGGUACGGGGCAUCACCCGGCAGGAAGUGGUGGCCGGAGACGUAGGCACUGCCCGGUGGCUCUUUGAGACCCAGCCACUGGAGGUGAUCCACCAGCGGGAACGGCAGGGACGCCAGGAAGAAGAAGGAAAGAGUCAGGCAGGUUCCCAGCCUGAGGCACUCCCUAAAGGUGACGUGCAGACCAUCCGGUGGUUGUUUGAGACAUGCCCCAUGAGUGAGUUGGCAGAGAAGCAGGGGCCAGAGGUCACAGAGCCCACAGCUAAGGCCAAGCCCCGGUCCUGCACCUGGAUGUUUGCGCCCCAACCCCUGGAGAGGCCAGAGGGCUCCAGGGAGCAGCACCUACAGGUUAGCCAGAUCCAGGCUGGGGAAAGACAGACAGACAGACAUGUCUUCGAAACUGAGCCUCUGCAGGCCUCAGGCCGUCCCUGCGGAAGAGGGCCUGUGCGAUACUGCAGCCGAGUAGAGAUCCCUUCAGGUCAGGUAUCUCGGCAGAAGGAGGUUUUCCAGGCCCUGGAGGCAGGCAAGAGGGAAGAGCAGGGGCCCAGGGUCCUCCCCGAGCCCAUCUCUGUGGGCUCCGUGCACAAGUUCACCUGGCUCUUUGAGAAUUGCCCUAUGGGCUCCCUGGCAGCCGAAAGCAUCCGAGGGGGCAACCUCCCAGAAGAGCAGCCCACAGGCCCCUCGGGCAGCAGGGUGCCCGAGAGGCAGGAGACCGGGGCUGAGGGGACCCUGCGGACCCUGCACACUCUGCCCGGCCUCUUGCACGACGGGGGCAUCCUCAUGGAGGUCCGAGGCCCGGGGGAGCUCUGCCUGGCCAAGUAUGUGCUCCCAGGCCCGGGGGAGGGGGGGCCCCGCGUCCGGAAGGAGGAGCUGGUGUCUGGCGAGCUUCCCAGGAUCGUCCGCCAAGUGCUGCGCCGGCCAGAUGUGGACCAGCAGGGGCUGCUGGUUCAGGAGGACCCAGCGGGCCAGCUCCGCCUUAAGCCACUGAGGCUGCCAGCUCCAGGCGGCAGCGGGAAUAUUGAAGACACAGACUCUGAGUUCCAACAGCUGCUGGCCUGCGGCCUGGGGACCUCAGUAGCAAGGACUGGGCUGGUGAUGCAGGAGACAGAGCAGGGCCUGGUCUCGCUGACUGCCUACUCCCUGCAACCCCAGCCGAACAGCAGGGCCCCUGAGAGGGGCAGCGUGCAGCUGCUGGCCAGCUGCAUAGACAAGGGAGACCUGAGUGGCCUGCAUAGUCUGAGAUGGGAGCCACCAGCCGAUCCAAGUCCAGUGCCAGCCAGUGAGGGGGCCCCGAAGCUGCCCCCAACUGAGAACAUCAUCCAUGUUCCCCCCCUGGACCCCAGUAUGGGGCUGGGGCAUCUCAGAGGCCCGGGGGGCACCUCCCACCUCCCACAGACCAUGGAAAAGCCAGUGCCUCUAGCUGGGGAGAAAAAGCAAGAAGAUAGUCACACUGGGCAGAAAGGGAUGGCAGCUUGGGGAAAGUCCGAAGAAACCACUACUACCCCCCUGGGGCCUGGGGCCCCGGACCUCCAGGCUGCCAUGCAAGAUCUGCGGAUGGCCACCGCCGAGGCCCAAAGCCUGCACCAGCAAGUUCUGAAUAAACACAAGCAAGGCAUUAACCCUGGAGCCACCUCGGCACCCCUGGAGCCACCUCGGCCAGCACCGGCUGUGGCCACUGUGGCUGCUCAGAGCCACACUAGGCCUAUGGCUGGAGGCAACCCCAGGAUCCCGGCAGCCCCCAGAAAGGUCAGUGGGGAACAGAAAGCACCUCCCAGAGGGCUGCCUGGGGGGUGGGUGACUAUUCAGGAUGGCAUCUACACUGCUCACCCUGUGAGGACCUUUGAGCCACCUGGGGGUGUCCAGCCUUCUGAAAGAGAGCCCCUCUCAGUGCAGGCUCCCAGCCCACUCCAGGAAGGCCCAGGCCGGACUCUGGGGCCUGGGCGGGAGGAGCCUGGGGGCGGCACACAGACGGCCUCAGGACCUCCAGAGAAGGCAAUGGCAAGAGAUGGCCCAGGAGGGCUCCAAGCUGCAGAGACCACCCUGAAGGUUGCCUCUUUAGCCCACCCCCCUCUGGCCUCUGGGCCUCUGCCUGCGGGUGCCAGUCUGCACUCCCGUAAUGCCUCUGUUCCCCCUCCUCCUCUUCUCCCAGCUGCUGUGACGGGACCUGACUUCCCAGCCCAAGCCCGCCUUGAUGAGGACUCUAUCCGGCAGGACUCCAAGCUUCUCCCCUCCCACGGCAGCCCUGCCAGCCAGCGGAUGCCUGGGGAAGCACAGACAAGGACCCCAAUACUGGAGCCAAAAAUGCCCCCAAGGAAGAAGCCUCCGCUGCCUCCCAAACCUGCCCACCUAAGCCAGAUCUGCCCUCCUCAGAGGCUGCCCACGCCCUCAGCUCUAUCUCCCAGCUCCUGCAAAGAGUCAGGGCAAGGAGAACACAAGCCAGGUGAGAGAGACGCAACCACCCUUCGGCCAGCCAACAUUCCCACCACCGCAGGCCAGGGAUGCGUGUCUCUGUCUGGAGGCCCCAGUGAACAGAACCAGCCCAGCCCCCAAAGCGGCCCCAGCACCAUGGCUUCCAGACCUACUGAGAGCCAGGCUGCCAGAUGCCAUGACCAGAGCCCUAAGUCCCCCAAGUUCUCAGCUCUCAGCAGCCACCGUCCCCGCACACAGGAGGGUCCCCAUCCCCCAAGAGAGAGGCCCACAGCUGGUUCCCAGCAAGGGGCCCCUGAGAACACGGAGAUUCUGCAGGGAAGCCAGCAAGAGCUCCAGGGCCUGCUGAGCCAGGUGCAAGCCCUAGAGAGGGAGGCCACAAGCAGUGUGGAUGUGCGGGCACUGAGGAAGCUCUUUGAAACUGUGCCCCAGCUGGGAGUGGCCCGCCCGGCUUCUGCGGCCCCCCACAAACCCAAGGCCUCUGUGGUGCAGGCCUUUGGGGAGCUGAAAGUCAGCACAGAGGUGGCCCUGCUGAAGCAACAGACACUAGCCAGGCUGCUGGACAUUGAGGAGGCUGUGCACAAGGCGCUCAGCUCCAUGUCCAGCCUCCAGCCUGAGACUAACACCAGCGGCCAUUCCCAAGGACCGUCCAAGGACCACAGUGCCUGCAAGAGCAGCGACACAGAUGGGAGUAAAGCCAGACCUCACUGCUCCAGCCAGGGGGUCAGAGGGCAAACUGCAGUCAAGAACCAAACCCAAGUUGCAAGCCAGACUGAGGUCCAGAGUCAGGCCAAGGUCAGAAAUCACACAGAGGCCGGGGGUCAGGCAGCCUCAGUCAUCCCUUCCCCCAGGAGGCCAGAGACAUUGAGAGAAGACUCAAGCCUCCCUGGAGCCUUGCCUUCCAACAGAGAUCCAUCUUGUUCCCCAACCUUCAUCUCCAUUGAGUCAGCAGUAAGGAAGCUUCCAGAGGCUCCCAGCCCCAGGGGCAUCUUUGAGGUCUCAGUGAAAAGCACACACCUGGCACAGGCUGGACUCCACCAGAAAGGGCUCCAGGACAAUGCUGGAAAGAAGGAAGUCACCCAGUGCCCUUGGCAGCCUGAGCCUGCCCCCGCCUUAGCCAGCCCUCUGCCCACAGGGCAGCAGAAGAACGUUCUGGAGCUGCAGACUGGACUAGAUGGUUCCCGGUGCUAUGAAGCCACAGGAACGGUUACCCAGCAGUGUGAUGGGGUGGACCAGUGCAGGAGCCCGGUCCUCCUGUCCUCUACCACGGUCACGGAGCAGGCAGAGAUGACCAAGGGCCCAGGCCCCCACCUCGAGCUCCACGCUUCACCCCUGCUCCGGCAGUUCCUGCGCAGCCCAGCCAGGCUCAGCGGUGCACUGGCAGAAGCUGAGACAGUGCAUGCCCCCUGUGGCUACUCCCAGCCGGGGGCCCAGUGAGCUCCUCUGCCUCCACCACAGCCUCCCACAACCUCCCACUGGCACCACAGCAUCACCCUGCAGGGCCCUGGGACCGAGGUGGGCACAUCCUCCUGUGCACAUGAAGCAAGGACCAAGAAGAAAGGGCAUCUUCCUGGACGUACAGGCAGGUUCCCUCUCCUCAGUUCCAUCAGUAGGCUCAGUUGUUGCAAAAGGUGGGGAAGAAAGGUUGGGAAGAGCUCCGCCAAGUAGCAUGGGCCUGGGAGUAGCACGGGUGCUGGUUGCUGCUUGGAGGAUGGAAUAUGUACAGACACGUGUGUUCCUCACACAGGCCUGGCCCACAGGUCGACCCUAAGAAGGAGCCCCCUGAGUGAUCCUCCCCUCUCAGCUUUGUUUUUUCUAUUAUGAGUCAAAAUGUUCUCAGCCAUCUGCUCCUUAAUUCUUGGAGAGGACAGGGACAACUGGACCACGGGAUCAGUCUCUCUGUUCAAGGUUGGUCCGACGGCUCUAGAAGCCCCUUCAUCACUAACUCUAUCGCUCAGCGGGUCAUCCUGGCAGCCCAAAGGUCACACAGAAAACCUCGGCAAUCAGCAAAUGUCCCUAAAGCCAAAGAUGCUGCCUCUCCACCCAUACUGCCCUACACUCUGCACCCCAAAUGGAAAGGAUACAGUCUGAAUAAACACAAGUUUUAGUCUGUC